AUGAACAAUACCAUCCAACGAGAGCAACAUCAACAUCAGGAAACGUCGCAGCGCGAAGAAAACCCGGACCUAUCCAUUGCCUCUUUUCGCGAAGAACAUCAUUUGCGACGCAUACACGCCCGCUCCGAGCAGCAGCUGAUGCGCUGGCUGAUGAAAAGCACUGUCGAUACACGUGCCCUCGACUGCGCCCUGCUCCGGCCUGGCAUGGAGUUUUGCGGCGUGCAACGGAUUACGCCGUGGAAGGCGAAUGGCCGGGAGGACACUGACCACUGGUCGCUGUUUGAGCCGGUCAAGCAGGUUCCGCAAACGUUUUUGCAAAAGUGGCCAGAGUCUAUGCGCGGCAAGCGGAUGCCACGGAUCCUCGAGGACUAUCUAUUUAUGCGCUGGAAAGAGAGCACGUUCAUCAAUGUUGGUCCGAGCGAAACGGGGCUUACCAUCGAGGGGUUCUACUACAUAUGCAUGGAUCGUAUAACUGGAGCUAUUGAAGGGGCUUACUUUGACCCAUCGACUCAACCAAACCAGCGUCUCACAUUGAGCGUCAAGAACGAUGGCAAAUGCCUGGCAUUUGCAUCCUCUGAAUUUUGCUGAAUUAAAUAAACGAAAGACACUACGUCAUUUAUACUUUAUAAUAUGCAUUGUGAGGAAUUUAUAAGAAAAAUUGCGUGAUAUAUUUAUUUCACUAUUGGACCACUGCACUAUAUAUUUUCUUAAAUCAGCGGAUGGAUGACUGGAAUAAUAAUAAAACAAGACUUCUUGUGGAAGCCCCAAUGGAACAUUUAUUUUUCACUUUCGUUUUUUCAUAAGCAUAUUUUUUAAUCGAUGAUGCAUAAAAGAAAGAGAGUAGUUGAGAAACAAAUUGAAAAUGCGAAAAAGGAGAAAUAUGUAUGUAAAUAUUUUUAAUUAAACAUUUUCUAGUGGCAAUCAAGCAUAAAAAUCCCAUGCUUUGGGUGUGUGGGUGUGUCAUGUUCAUACAGAAAAGAAAAGAAAAAUGAUGAAAGAUCUGAUUUAAACUGAAAUAAAUUGAAAUUGUAAAGAAAAAACUG